AUGGCUCUUGGGAUGUUAGAACAUACUUCUAUAUUAAAUAAAAUUAUGCCAAAAAUACAAAUUAAUAGGCUUUUUGGACCUACCAACAUUCCUUCUGCUUUUACAAAUAACCUUAACAAAUGCUAUUGA